AGUGGCCACUGUGGCCAGCAUAUUUCCCCUCUACCGCAUCUAUUCUUUCCUCGGUGACGCGUGUGGUUACGUUGCGCGUCCUCCCGUGGUGUUCUUGGCUGGUGACGCACUGCGACACCAGAUCUAGCAAGUGGAGUUCAUUCAACCUAUGACGAAGCACAAACGAGCUGCGAUAUAUAUGCUUACGGGCUGCUGCUUUUCCAAUGAUUUCUACCUAUUCUCACGACCUCGAUCUCCUUCGCGAACGUCCACUUUUCAGUCUCCACAAAUUUUGACCACCAACUACCAUCAUGUCUCUUCCUCAAGCUUCCAAGGAUAUCAGUGACCACCCUAAACCCGGUACUGUCACCGAGCCGGUCAAUUACGACAAGAAGAAGGCAGACGUCGAUCGCAAGUUGCACUUCUACGGAGUCGUUACUGCCCUUCGCGAGUCACGUCUACCCACUAACGACCAGAUCGAUGCUAUGCUCGACUAUACUCUCGGUCACUCUCCGGUGGACAUUGAUGCACUAUCACCAUCUGGUCGUCAACUCAUACUAGACUCGCGCGAGAUCGUCGAUGGUCUUCGUGCCAUUGUACGUCAAAAGAAUGCCGAUGAGCUUCUUCAGAACUUCGUCUGGCACACCCGUCGAACCGUUACCAUUCGCGCGAAGAAGGACCCCAACGAGCUCAUCCCUGUCGACCAGAACAAAGUCCAGGCAGAUACCGACCAGGCUGCACAACAUUUGCGCACCCUCGCUACGCUCGUGCUCACUAAUGCUGAAGUUCGCAAGCUUGUCGGCGACUUUGGUGUGGUUGGACGCGAUUUACUCGCGAAGAGUGCGGGGAAGGCAGCCGAGCUGGCACGUCCAAAUGAGGAGCGCCUUCGCCAGGUCGAUCAAGCAGGCCCAGAUCAAGUCUUCAUCUCUGAGGGCGGUCGCCAAGUAGGACCCGAUGAGACUCCCGUUCCUGAGGUGCCCGUUCCAGCGACCGGCCAUCGCAUUGCGCAGGACCCAAGGAACAAAGUCGUUCAGGGUACCUCCAUCAAGACCGAUCAAGGUGAUGAGGUCCGCGGGGACGAGGCAGUGUACGAAGCCCAGCACAGGAAGAAUGAGGCAGUAGGACGUGCAUGCCAGGAGGCAUAUGCACAGAAGGAAGAUAUUGAACAAAACAUUACGGAAAACGAGGGGGCAGACGUUAGCACGCGCAAGGGCCGUGUAAAGAGUAAAAUGGCUGGUAUGAGGGACCACAUGUUAGGUCGCGUCCCGCAGGAACACAAGGACAAGGCCAAUGAGCACGCAACGCGCGUGAAGAACUUCCUCAGUGACGAGUAUUUCCCGCCUGAGCGUCGUGACCAGCUUAUUUUCCGUAUUAAAAAAGUUAUUAUCGAGUGCCAGAAUCACAAGGAUUACCAGGAGAGUAUUCGGUGGCUCCUUGACACGGGCGCUGAGUAUGUCAGCCAUGGACAAACCAUCAACGAGCAUGGAAGGGACUCUCAUCGGCAGCUUACCUCUGACAGCAACAUUCAGCGCGCAACUUAUGAGUUUCGCACGCUAUUGGAGCGCUUUGCUAAUGGUGUAAGCUUGGAUAUUGUCGGCGAUGCCAUGCGUGCGCUCUACCAGGACUCUCAGAACGAUGAGGGUCUGCGUCAUUGGUUCCAUGAUGUCAAUGAAUACGUUCGCGAGUGCCUAAUGUCUCCAGGAUACGUCCUUGACGACCAGUGUAACGAGCAUGCAAAUGAACUACGUGAAGUCGGCCGCGCGUACUACGACAACAAGUACAAGGGCCAUUUCGACAACCUCUGGAACAGCCUCGCAGAUUGGUUCAGAGGUUGGGCGGAUGAUCCGCUCAAUCGCCGCUUCGGCCAGGAUUGGGCACGCCUCACGAAAGACUUGCUGUUUGACAGCGAGGGCAGCCUCAAGUACAAGCCCGAGUUGUGGAAGGACAUUCGUAACGUCGUCGUACCGAAUCUCGUGGAGAACAUUGGUUACAUUCCGAUCCCGAGGAUCGAGUAUACGGACGACAGUCUCGAUCUCGUUCUGGAGAACCUUGCUUUGAGCGGCAAAAACGUGUUCCCCAACAUAAUUAGCUUGGACGUGAGGAACUUCAUGAAGUUCAGCCCAUACAAUGUCAUUGGUGAUGAGCAACAUCACGAGUUCACGCUCACGUUAGGCCAAAUCCAGGCCGACCUGCGCGAUGUCGCAUUCUACUACCACAAGAAGACUGGCAUGCCGAAGAUGUCGGAUUCUGGUCUCGCCGAUCUCCUUCUCGGAGGCACUGGCCUCACCAUCACCGCACACCUCGCGACUGCACAUGACCCGGCCUCGGUGUUCGCCGUCAAGGACGUGCAAGUAAAGGUCCACACACUCAAAUUCGCUGUACGCGACUCGAAGCACGACGUGCUAUACAAGACGCUCGCGCCUCUGGCCACUAGCCUCGUCAAAAAGCAGCUACAAAAGGCGCUCGGUGGGGCCGUACGCACGGCGCUCGAGUACCUCGACGGCGAGCUUGUUGCAGUCCGCGACGAGAUGCGUGAGGCGAAGGCGGGCGACGGUAGUCGUACCGAGGCGCUCAAGCAACAUCUCGCGGCGAAGAAGGAUGCAGCUCAGGACAAGACGGAGGAGACGAAGCAGAAAACGGGACAGUUCAAGGUCGUCGCGCAGCCAGGCAAUGAGCUCUUGCCCGACAAGGGACACUCUGAUGGCUGGAUUAAGCGUGCCGCAGAGCGCGUUGGUGCCGCGAAGAGCGGUGAGGAGUGGCGGAGCGAUGCGUAUAGCGUCGUCUAAGGUCCCCUGCGUGUUGAUGAAUCGAACAUGAGCUUCUGUUUGUAUCAUGAAAUGUCCGUCCCUCAGUUCUGUAGCUUGAGUAAAUAUGUAGCAAUAGGAUACCAUUUCUUUGAG